AUGACUUCCCCAGACAGUGCACUUACUUACUCGUCGUUCUGCGGAGGACUGUUGGACGACAUGCUAGAUCAAGUUAUCUACAACAUCAUCAGCCGAUCGCUGCUGGACGAGAAGCUUGUGCGAAAAGAAUACGGCACGAUAGAAAAGCCGAUAUUUCACGAUUCGCCAAGUUUUCUGGCGAAACACGAAGGCAGCGCCGAGAACGAAGAACUCUUCUCGGGUGCAAGUGGUAAUGACAGCAAACGGAUAGACUUGACUACAGACGACGAGGAGACACCUACGCCUACAAACAGCAGAAACGGCACCAGCGUGAAGGACGAAUCGCCUGUGGAGCCUGACAUCGGAAGGUUCCAGUUCACGCUGAACGGUAAGGACGUUUACGUCAAUGCGCUGAGCGACAACAGGAAACUGCUAGGUGCGAAGGCUAACGCAAUCGUGGUGGGCACUGCGCAGGACACGUAUUUUAAGUGCUCCAAUUGUGACAGGAAGAUAGCGGGGAGUCGGUUCAGCGCACAUAUAGACAAGUGCUUUGGUGGGAGAUCGAGGAAAUGA